UCUGCCAGCGAGGCCCUCACGUGUGUUCCCAUGGUAACCAACAACAAACAUCCUACACAUUUCCAACGGGUGUCGCGCAGUCGUCCGAUCGCUUCAUUACAAAACACCUCCCGGCAGAUCUUCAAUAGUCAUCAAAUCAGUCAGGUUGGCGUUUUAGCACACGUAUACCUCUUGGUUUGCAACAAACAACCUGCACCAUGAGACGCGCAUCCAGCUCACCGAAACCGAGAGGCGGGUCCUGUACCCGCCGGUACCGCACGCUGGCCGCCUCCUCCCAGGUGGACGAGAGCCUGUUCGGGAGCCCAACGCCGUCACAGAAAGAUGGAAACUCGGCUCCAAAGAAGAAGUCCAGGGGGAAGCAGGAAAGAGAGAUUGUUCAAAUAGUCACCAAAGACCUGAUCCGCACUCUCAGGAUCCCUUUAAAGGAUCCUCCAGGCUGUUCCGUCGUUCUGCCACCAGAAGAGUUUCAGCGGAUCACCUCAAGGUCUCACAUUCUCACCAAGGAGGAGAGGGAGGCCCUGAAGGAAGGUUAUCAGUCGAAAGAGGAGGAAACUAGCGCCGCAGAGGAAAGGAAGCGUCAGAUCUACGAGGCAACCCUCUGGCGGAAGGAGAACCAGGCACUGAACGAGCUGGAGCUGGAGGCCCGGGACCGAGCGCAGCGCCUGGUGGAGCGGGCAAACGCCCUGAGGAUGGAGGAAGAGGUGGAGAUCAGAGAGCUCAACAAGCUGAUCCUGGCGGCUCAGUGUCAGGCCACACGUGACGACCAGGUCGACGAGAAGAAACGGAUCACGACGGAGCUGUCGGAGGAGGACAAGCGCCUGGACGCCAUGAUGGAGGAGGAGCGCCUCAAGGCCUUGGCCACCGUGGAGCAGAUAGAUGAGCUGCGCCGACAGCAGAGGAUCGGGGGAAUGGAGAGCAUUUGCGACCAGAUCCGGCAGCAUUUAACUGACAAGGAAAUGCAAGAGCUGAUGAAAGCAGAGAAAGAGCAGGCGAGGGAGAAACUGGAGAGGAUGAACUGGGAAGACCUCAAGGCCAUGGAGAAGAAGAGGGAGGAGCAGCAGCAUCUGCAGGACGAGAUCAUUCGCAUCAACACUGAGACCAUGCGGGCCAAGGAGCAGAGGAGGGAGGAGGAGAAGCUGGCCGACAUGAGAAACAUGGAGUACAUGAAAAACAAAACGCAGCGGGAGGCCGAAUACGAGGCGGAGCAGAGACGUAUCAGGAAGGAGAAGGAGAUAGAGGUCGCCCGGCUGAGGACCCAGCAAGAAAAGGCAAAAGACUACAAGUCAGAGCAGGACGAGCUGCGCGCUAGGAGGAACCAGGAGAUCGCAGAGCGCGAGUGGCGGAGGAAAGAGAAGGAGCGCCGUGCGAAGGCGGCGCAGGAGAAGGCGACGAUGACGGCGGCUCACGCCGAGCAGGUUCGCCGCAAGGAGCGCCUCCUGUCGAUGGAGAUGGGCCGGGAGAAGGCGGAGAACGAGAGGCUGCUGAGGGCGCACCAGGAAGCCACCCUCAGAGAGAAGCAGGAGGAGGAGAGGAAGCAGCAGAAGGCACGCCAGCACGCCGACGCCAUUCGGAACCAGGUGAAGGAACGAGUGCUCUCGGCAGCGGCGAAGCGCAAGGAGAUGUUUAAGGAGGCCGAUCAGUGCGCGGAGGCGGCGCGGCAGAGGCGCGUGCGCCUCGAUGAGAUCAAAGAGAAGAAGCUGACGGAGCUCAAGGCUACGGGACUCUCUGAGAAGUACUGCAGUGAGGUGGAGAAGAAGGCCCGGGCCGCAGCACUCUGACACGGCGCCCCUCACAUGGGGAAAGGACUCGUGUGAAGAAGUGCACCAAUAAAAGGUUUCUGUUACAAAUAUUACAAUGCCAUGGAAGUGUAUGUAGUUGAUGUUUUAGGACGGGAAAACAUCACUUUCUCUCACACAGACCGACUCUACAGGCGGGGUAGAAUUUGUAGUUUUUAUUUCGGCUAGUAUUUCCCUUUCAGUUGAGUCAUAUUCUUCCACUUAUCGAUGACAGAUCCCCUUAAUUAUUAAUAUGCAUGACAACAGAAAGGAAUUCAACUCAUGUUAGGGUUAUGAUGACACUUUACACACGCACACACACACAGCUUAAAGCAUGUAAGGAAGUUAAGUACAUCAAGGUAAAUACAGGCUCUUAUUUUCUCGACAGAGAACUGGAUGUGCUGAGGCCUCAUUUCUUCAUCAUAACCAUCUAAAUACACAACCUACAGGAGUGUUUAUGGAUCUAAUCAAGUUGUCAUUGGGAUGCCAAAAGGUUCCGCUGACAUUUCUUUCUCCGCCUCCUCGCCGCUACGCAUUACCAGAGGAGGAAACGGGACGGGGGAAGUGGGUGGAGGACAGACGGGCGGGCGGGGCAUCUGUCUAAAUGUUUGUUGUUCACAUCUGUACACG